AUGGCGCGCCGCCUCAGCUGCGACCAAUACACAGUCGGGUGGGUGUGCGCCUUGCCAGGCGAGCUCACCGCAGCACAGGAGAUGCUUGAUGAAGAACACCAAGACCUUCCGCCGAAUAGCAAUGAUACAAAUAUAUACACGCUAGGGUGUAUAGGCGGCCACAACGUCGUCCUUGCAUGUCUGCCCGCAGGGCUGACGGGCACCAACUCGGCGACGGCAGUCGCCAUGCAGAUGAAGAGCACGUUCCCCGCCAUCCGGUUUGGGCUGAUGGUGGGCAUCGGAGGCGGCGUUCCAGGCACAGAAGCAGAUAUUCGCCUCGGCGACAUUGUUGUGAGUCAGCCCGGGAACGGCCAUGGUGGAGUGGUUCAAUACGACUUUGGAAAGUCGACGCCAGGCAGGUUCACGCGGACGGGCUUCCUCAACUCUCCUCCUCCCAUCCUUCUCGCCGCCGUUUCGAAACUUCGAGCCAACCACGACCGAGGGAGAAAUAGUCUGUCGCCGCACUUGUCAAAGCUUGAAAGCCUCCCUAAAUUUAGCCGCCAGCAAGCAGGUCGCGAUGUGCUAUUUGAAGCAGCGUACAGUCACGAUAGAAGGGAUAACGAUAGCUGUGUGUCAUGUGCGGCUGCGAGAAUGGUGCAGAGGAAGGAGCGGGCGACCAAUACCCCUAUGAUCCACUAUGGUACGAUUGCAUCGGGAAACCAGGUGAUGAGAGACGGGGUAGAGCGGGACAAGAUCAGUCGGGAAUUCAAAGGCGUUCUCUGCUUUGAGAUGGAGGCUGCCGGCCUGAUGAACACCUUCCCGUGCCUUGUGAUCCGCGGAAUCUGCGACUACUCUGACUCGCACAAGAACAAGAGAUGGCAGCCGUACGCGGCGGGAGCAGCAGCGGCGUACGCGAAGGAGCUGCUAAGUGUGAUACCGGCGGCAGAUGUACUAAACACAAAGACAGUCAACCAAGCAAUACAAGAGCCGAUGCGUAGUUUUAACCUCCCCUUACUACGAAAUCGCCAGUUUGUCGGUCGAAGUGCAGAGCUCGAUACGCUGAAACAAAAGCUCUUUGUGAAUAAAGACUGCCAGAAAGUGGCGCUCAGCGGCCUUGGUGGAAUCGGCAAGACACAGGUUGCGCUGCAGUUUGCAUUCUCUGUCAUGGAAAACUAUCCAGAGUUUUCCAUCUUCUGGGUACAGUCCUUGAGUAUGGAAACCUUUGAGCAGGGCUGCAUGGGGAUAGCAAGAGCAUUAGGAAUAGGCCAGGGGCAGCAGAACACAGAAGAUGUGAAGGUCCUUGUGCGACAACGGCUAUCCGCAAAGACUGCAGGAAAGUGGUUGCUCAUUGUUGACAAUGCCGAUGACCUUGAUUUGCUUUGUGGGCGCCAUCAAGAAGAGGGCUUGUUGGCCUUUCUGCCAGUAAGCGAUGACGGCCUGACCAUAUUCACGACGCGACAUGGAGGCGUGGCGCAACACCUGGCGGGCGGUGAUGUGAUUGAAAUGGGGAAAAUGACGCGACAAGAGGCAGUGGACUUGUUGGAUAAGUCAUUGGUUCGAAAGAGUCCUUCUUACAACCCUGAGAUCGUGACGAAUCUUCUUUCAGAGCUGGAAUAUCUCCCGUUGGCUAUUACCCAGGCGGCAGCCUAUAUCAACACAAACAAAUCCUCUAUUUCCGAGUAUCUGCGGUUGUGGCAGAAAACAGAGCAGGAUGCUAUUGCUAUCAUGAGCACGGAUUUUGGCGACAAGACUCGAUACCAGAAUUUGACAAAUGCAGUCGCCAAAACAUGGAUGGUAACCUUCAACAAGAUUGUCGAACAGGAUUCAUUAGCGGCAGAUGUCCUCGCAUUUAUCUCUUGCAUUGAAUGGAGGGCAAUCCCGUACUCUAUUUUACCAACAACUCACCCCGAAGCACGGCUGAUGGGAGCCAUCGGCACACUCUGCUCCUACUCGUUUCUAGAGAGAAGAGAGGAUGGCACUACACUUGACAUGCAUAGGCUAGUCCACUUGGCGACAAGGCUGUGGGUUAGUCAAUCAGGCCACGAAGCAGAGAGGAGAAUAGCAGCAUUAAAACACCUCUCGGAAGUCUUUCCAUCCAACGAUUACACUAAUCGUGAGAUCUGGCGGGUUUAUCUGCCGCAUGCGGCACGCCUAGCGAGUGAUGGGCAAUGCCAAGAUGGGAAAGAAAAGAGCGAGCUCUGUCGGAAGAUCGGGCAGUGCCUAUACACGGAUGGACGUAUGAAAGAUGCUGUCCUCUGGUUACAAAAGUCUUGCGAGUGGGCGGAUCAGAACCUUGCCCAAGAUAAUCUACAUCAGCUAUACUUGCAGCAUUUGCUCGCCGUGGCAUAUCACGCAAAUGGACAGGUCAAAAAAGCAGUCAAACUGUUAGAGUGUGUUGUCACGAUACAUACAAAAGUGCUUAAAGAAAACCAUCCUAGCCGACUAGCAUCACAACAUGAGCUCGCUAGAGUAUAUCUAGCAAAUGGACAAGUCAAGAAGGCGAUCAAACUGUUAGAGCAUGUUGUCGCAAUACAUAUAAAAGUGCUUAAAGAAGACCAUCCUAGCCGACUAGCAUCACAACAUGAGCUCGCUGCAGCAUAUGAAGCAAAUGGGCAAGUUAAAGAGGCAGUUGAACUAUUAGAGCAUGUUGUCAUGAUAGAGGCAAAAGUGCUUACAGAAGACCAUCCUAAUCGACUAGCAUCACAACAUGAGCUCGCCAUAGCAUAUCAAGCAAAUGGACAAGUCAAGGAGGCGGUCAAAAUACUAGAGCACAUUGUCACAAUAGAAGUACAAAGGCUUACAGAAGACCAUCCUAACCGACUAGCAUCACAACAUAUGCUCGCCAUGGCAUAUCAAGACAAUGGACAGGUCGAGGAAGCAGUCAAACUGCUGGAGCACGUUGUCAUGAUAGAGGCAAAAGCAGUCAAACUACUAGGAGAUGUUGUCACGAUAGAAGCAGAAGUACUUGCAGAAGACCAUCCUGACCGACUAGCAUCACAAUAUGUGCUCGCCGUGGCAUAUCAAGACAAUGGACAGGUCAAGGAAGCAAUUGAACUGCUGGAGCACGUUGUCGCGAUAGAAGCAAAAGUGCUAGCAGAAGACCAUCCUUAUCGACGGAGUGGUCCCUUGCUGCUUUCAUCUAUGAAGGAAAAUUUGCUGCAGAGGUCAAAAACAGGACAGGCGUCUGUAGAGGUUCCGCAAGCGAUGUCUCAUAGCAACAACAUGUUCAUGGCGACAUCAGACCAGUCAUCACCGGAUCAGGGGCCAGAAGCGAGCAGCACCUCAAGAAGAAGAGUUCUCGUAAAUCGGAUAAAGGGCAUUUUCAGGAAGGACAGGUAG